CAUGCAUCAUCCUUGUUGUGCAUUUGCAUUUUAUUUGAUAUGGUGAAAUUAUCUGUGAUUGCCUUCCUGUGUUUAUGCAUUCCUCACUAUUACUCUGAAUUGUGGUAAUUAGAUGCUUCUCUGUAAUUCUUGUAUAGUUCAUUGUGAAUUACUUGAAUUGUGGUAACCCUGACUAAACUAACUACCCUCGACCCUACUAAGAACCCCCCAAUUCUUACCCCUUUUCUUCCCCCCCUUCAGAUGGAGACCAGAGUUAUAUUUUACGAGAUGGACCCUCCCUAUAUAUACGAGGAUAUUGUACAGCAUAGGUUUUAUGUAGUAGCUGCGGAGAUUAGGACUCGUAUGUACAUUCUGCGUGAUCAUCCUUUCCAUCACCCGAUUGACACUCCACAGUUUAACCCCGACAUGCCCUAUGAGUUUCCACUGCAGUGGCUCCACCCGGAUGCUCCAUUUCACCCGUUUCAUGAUGGGCCGGUGCCUCACCAGCAUCCCGAUCCGCCUGCGAAUCAGGCGAACCCUGAGCCUGAGCCCAUGGAGGAGCAUUUUCCAGAGCAUGUACCGGAGGAGGACAUCCCAGUGGAGCAGAUCUCAGUAUCUUCAUCCGAGCCAUCUUCUGAGGAGCCGCUUACCGCCUCUAUUAGUGGACCGGCGAGUGCUGGUCAGACCAGUAGCACGAGUGCCAGCGCCCCUCCUGAGAUUAUAGAGAUUUCCGAUGACAAGGACGAGGACCCUGAGGAGUGUUCUGAUGUGGUUGUGAUCUCCUCUGACGAUGAUACCUGA